UUUCUGUGAAGAAGUGAACAGUAUAUACAAGGGAGAAGGUUCGUUAUUGUGUAAACCCAACAAAUGUCCUCACCAGGCAAUGGAGUCAACCUGAAUAACUAUGGAUUUGUUCACUAUAGACCUUCUGGAUAUCCAGGUUCAUAUUCAGUUCAACCUACAAAUCAACAGCAGCAUAAUUAUUCCCCUCCUCCUGCAUAUGACACCAUUGACAGAUUACCAACAUGGAGUGAGGAAAAUUCCUACUUGAAUACACCACAAACUACUGAAAUUUGGAUACGAAGAACUGAAAAUAAUCUUCCCUCUACUUCUCAAGAAUCAACUAUGCCUCCUAAUGUUCAACAAGCUCCAUGCCCACUGUGUAAUACUCCAUCUAUCUCUCCAGAACUAAGUGAAACUUCUGCUCUCUCACAUCAGAACUCUACCCCAGUGGUGUCCCGAACAAUUGACUUUAAACAAGUGUUUAGGAAUUUCCGACCACAAUUUCUUGGGGGUGUCCUGAUAAUUACAUCCAUUUUGCAGAUUUCAUUGGGCAUACUAGUGACAGUUUCUCGUUUCAACCAUGGCAUGAUAUCCUUAUGGUAUGGCACUUUGUUUUGGGUACCUGCGUUUCAUUUCUUUGCAGGAACUAUGCUGAUUCUAAGUUGGACCAAUAUAUCCACCGCUUCUGUAAAAUGUGUACUUUGCAUCAGCAUCUUAUCAUUCAUUGCCAGUGGGGUUGGACUUGCACUUAACAUUAGUGAUCUCAAUGAUCUACGGUGCUUCUCCAGUGGCUUCCCUUUCAUUUGUAAUAAACUACAUAAAAGCUAUGAAAUCAGCAAGAAGUAUAAUCCUGCAAAAUUGGGACUGUUG